AUGGCUCAUCCAAAUACAUCGAAAGCGAAAAGACAAGAAGAAAAAUAUGUGCAAUUAAUAAGGGAUUUAGCCGCUUUACCGCAAAAUAAACAAUGUUUUGAUUGUCACCAGAAAGGACCAACCUAUGUAAACAUGACCAUUGGAAGCUUUGUAUGUACUGCGUGUAGUGGUUUGCUUCGCGGACUCAAUCCACCACAUCGUGUUAAAUCGAUUAAUAUGUCAACAUUCACGCAAGAUGAAGUCGAAUUUAUGCGAAAUCAUGGAAAUUCUUUAAACAAAACGGUUUAUCUCGGUCUGUAUGAUUCAAACGCUGGAUUUAGUCCAGAUCCAAAAGAUACAGAACGAUUCAAAGAAUUUUUAUCUCAAAAAUAUGAACGCAAGCGAUGGUAUGUCGCGCCUACUGAAGCUGUGAAACAAAAAGCCAGAGCAGACACUAAUGCAUUACUAGAAAAAACAAAUAAUGGCAAUGCAAAAACUUCUACAAAUUCAACAGCUUUGGUACAAACACCCAAUUCUCCAAAUUCAACUCACAUCCAAGAUGAAGCACAUCCAACUCCUCCUGCUCCUUCUCAACCUGUUCGCACAUCGUUUGUCUCGAGAAAAAGUUCGCAAGCUCCAAUGCUUGUUUUUGAUACACCGGUGACUACAUCAUCAACAACAGCGAAUAGAACGUCACCCAAUGAUCAGUCAUUUGGUUCGUUUCCGACUCAAGCACAAAAUAAUGAUAGUAGUUGGGGUGCAUUCGCUGAGAGCACAAAUUCAAAACCUUCUGAUAAAACAUUAACUCAACCACCAUCUGAACCGGUAGAUGAAGUUUCUUUUUUCUGA